GUUGUCUGCGCGAUGUCACUUUCUGUCGGCAUUGUCUGCGUUCCGACACAAGCCUUCCUUUCUUCUUCUUAUACUUCUACUUCUACCCUUCACCUUCGAGUUCUAGAAACUGCGGCGGAGAUAAGAUUUGAUGUUUCAAACCUCAUCUUCUUCUUCUUCUUUGAACUCUCUCUUUUCAACAUCUUCACACCAAAUCUUCUUGAUUUCUUUUGUGAUAUGUAAUCGGUUAUGAAGUUUAUCGCAUGGUAGUCAAAAUUUGGAGCAUCGUUAAGAAGCCAUUUAAUUUGCAAAUGUCAGACAUUCCUCUAGCAGCAGUCACUGGAGCUGCUGUUGGAGCUCUUGCAUUGAUUGCUCUCUUAGUUUUGCUCAUAUGGUUUUGCAUCUUUCGUCGCAAGAAUGCAUCAAGAACUUCAGAGUCAGGCUCCUCUGAUCCAUCAUCAACUCAAGGAAGAAGUGUUGCAAUUGACUUGUCAAUGAGAGAAGCAAGAAGGUUUAAAUUGGAGGAACUUGCUCAAGCCACCAAUAGUUUCACCAACAAAAACCUUAUUGGUAUAGGAAAAUUCGGAGAGGUUUACAAAGGUUUGCUUCAAGAUGGUGUUCUUGUAGCCAUCAAGAAACGUCCCGGUUUGCCUACACAAGAGUUUGUUAACGAGGUUCGUUAUCUAUCGUCUAUCAAUCAUCGAAAUCUUGUUACUCUUUUGGGUUAUUGCCAAGAGAAUAACACACAGUUUCUUGUCUAUCAGUAUGUUUCUAAUGGAAGUGUUUCUAGUCACCUGUACGGUGCUGGUGGAAGUAGACUAGAGUUCAGAAAUAGGCUUGCCAUAUCUAUAGGAGCAGCUAAAGGCUUGGCACAUCUUCACUCACUGAGUCCUAGAUUGAUACACAAGGACUUCAAAACUGCUAAUGUUCUUGUGGAUGAAACUUUCAUUGCUAGAGUUGCGGAUGCAGGAGUCCAUAACUUCUUGGGAAGAGAAGAUGAUGUUGGUACAUCUUCUCACUUUGAUGCAGACCAGAUCUUCCUCUCACCAGAGGAUUACACGGAUAUGCCCACAAUAAUUGAUGAGAGACUAGGUGGUACAUACACAGCAGAAGGAGUGGAGGAGGUUAUUACAUUGACACUGAGAUGUCUUGAUGUUUCAAGUGAGAAGAGACCAAUGAUGAGUUAUGUUGUGACAGAAUUGGAGAGAAUAUUGGAUAAGGAAGUGAGCUUAACAACAGUGAUGGGUGAAGGUAAUCCAACUGUUACUCUUGGAAGUCAGCUUUUUAAAUAAUCAAAGUGAUGAAAAAAGGGAAUCAUCUUUACAUUUAAGAGGAUGAAGAUAGAUCAGCUGUUUUGUGUUAAGUGUACAAACAACAGCUGAGAAAUUCUUAUUAUUAUUUUUCCUUUUUUACUUUCCUUGGAGGUUAUUUUCAGCAGAUUAUUUUUUUGACAAUGAGUGCAGAAAAUAUACCUUUGUAAAAAAAUUAUUUAUUGAUGAUAUAACGGAAGCAAAGAGUGGAAUCUGUGUGAAUUUUU